CAAAGGUUCAAUUCUACUCUUUCAGGUGAAAAGCAUUGAUUGAAAACUCCCAACAGCUACACUCCCUCCAUCAAGCUUGUUCUUCCAUAUCAAUUGCCACCGUCUCUACCAUUCAAUCCACCUUCUCACCAAAAUGUAUGCUCUUCGUCGUUCGGCCGCGCGCCUCCUCACUGCGCGACCUUCUACCUAUCUCCCCACCUCUCGGUCGUUCAUCUCAGUAGUUGCUCCUCCCACAAGAGCUAUCAAGCCAUAUCCUACUCAACUGUUGGCCCGGCGAUGGAAUACCACCGACAGUCAAGUUGAAGAACAAGCCCCUAGGCCUACCGAAACUUCCGAGGUCGAGAACGAGGCACAAUCAUCGAGCGAAACUCCUUCGGAACCUUCCCCAGCUAUCGCCGAGUCUGCCAACUUGACGGAAGCAACUGAGGAAUACAAUUCUGCGGCCGAGACAGGCGAGCGACCUUCCCCAACCCAAGGGAUCGUCGCUGAUGGUACAUUCACAUCUCCGAGCCCACAGGAUGCGAAGCCUGGCCUUUUCGCCCCCAAACCCACCAUUUACAUUGGCAACCUCUUCUUCGACGUCACUGAAUCAGAUCUCGUCAAAGAAUUCACACGAUUUGGUACUGUCUCAGGGGCCAAAAUUAUUCGAGACAGUCGAGGUCUAAGUAAAGGAUUCGCAUACCUUGACUUUGUCGAUGUCAAUGCCGCCCAGGAAGCCGUUACGAACAUGAACAUGCAGCUUUACGAAGGUCGACGCAUGACCGUGCAAUUUGCCGCCCGACCUUCGCAGGGAAACAGACCCGGCCGCUCGUCUGAGUCCAAGCCACUUAACCCUCCCUCCAAGACCCUCUUCAUUGGCAACAUGUCUUUUGAAAUGACCGAUCGCGACCUGAGCAACUUGUUCCGUGGCAUCAGAAACGUGGUCGACGUCAGAGUUGCCAUUGAUCGACGCACCGGACAACCUCGUGGUUUUGCCCAUGCCGACUUUAUCGAUGUCAAGAGUGCUAUGGAAGGCAUGAAGGUUCUUGAACAGAAGGAAACCUACGGCCGGAAAUUAAGACUCGACUUCUCCUACAGCUCCAACCAGGCCCCGAAAAACAAUCCUUCGGGCCAGGUUUCGAACCAGGGCCCAUCCAAUGACCUGUAAAUCAUCUCCGAGCCUCUGUUCUACUUGUAUAGCCUCAGCCCACGGGGAUUAUAAUGUUCCAGGACUCUUUGCACGACCUUUCGAGAUGAGCGAGGAACAGCCUUCACCUCGAUCAUAUGUACACUACUAGACGUGCAGCACAGGUGAUGUACCUGCCUCUCACCCGGCUUGGUGUGGCAUGUCUUCUCGUUCUGGCAAGAUGUCCGUUGCAAACGUCGAGUGAAGUCGAUUUCAUGUGUACAAUAUUUGUUCACACACUGCAUUGGGCGAAGGCGUUGUUGACAGGACAUGGGACGCUCAUCAGUGAUUGUGGCAAAAGCUGUACGGCCAACGACGCGAAGUGGUUGGGAUAAAAGUUGGGUAUUGCUCAGGUUGCUGCUGAGGCUGAGCUCGAGGAGAGGGAGGGUUGACUCUGUGGCUUCGCAGAGCAGAGCGUCUCUAUCCAUUGUAACAGAAAGUUCAACGGCGUAUCGCGUGCGUUGCAAAGUGUUUGCCUAUUGGAUCACAUCUAGACCGAUCCAUCUUCAUUGUUGUGUAUGAAAAUAUCUCCAUUCUUGUCAUCAAUUCACAUAAAGUAACUUGAUGCGUUAAUU